AUGGGAACAUUUACUGGCUUAGUCAUCGUCACCAUAUGCUUGAUUCAGCUUAAUGUUGUACUCACAUCCAGGUUGAAAAGACAAUAUGGUCACCCUGCUGGAUAUGGUGGUGCAUAUGGCGGAGCAAGCAGUAUAAGUCCAAACGGCGCAUGGAGAACUGGAAGUAACGGGGGAGGAGGUGGUAAUAUUGCCGGAGUUAAAGGGGGGCCAGUGUAUGGUGGUGGUUACGGUGGUCCGGGAGCUGGAGGAUUUGGCAGCGGUAAUGCGGGUGGACAAGGUGGAUUUGGCAGUGGUUAUCAGCCUGGAGCAGGCGGCUAUGGCGGCGGUAACGGGGGUGGACCAGGUGGAUUUGGGGGUGCGCAGCCAGGAGGUGCAUUUGGCGGAGCAGGCCAUGGGAUCUUACAUCAUGUAUUGGGAGGAAUUACUGGGGCUCGCGUGGGACGACAAAGUGGGUGGGUUGAACCGAGUCUCACCAAUAAACCUGGAGUUUCCGGUGGUCCAGGCAGUUCUGGUUUCGGUAAUGGAUUUGGUGGGUCGAAUAGUAAUAAACCUGGGAUCGCCGGCCCUCCAGGCGGGGGUGGAUUCGGCGGUGGUGGCCAAUACAAUAAUAAUCCUGGCUUUGGGGGUGGAUUUGGUGGGCAACAAAACAGUAAUCCUGGGUUCGGUAAGUAA